AUGGCAGCUUCGCGGCUCCUCCACAAGGCUUGUCUACUCUGGAUCCCGAGUCGCCAUUCCUUCGCGUCGCUUGCGCCAAAGUUGCCGCGACAUCGCUCUCCUCCCGGGCGCCGGAAAGCGCCCAAAACCGAAGGGGACGCUGCGGACCAGGGCCAGCUCCCUGAAUGGCUCUUCGAGGAUCGGCCUGUGUGGCUGCAGGCCCUGCUUUUGUUCCUGCGGGAGCCCGAUCUCAUCAUGGUGCGCCUGGGAGGCGCUGCACGGCGCAUGGGACGUCGGCCGGCUACCGGCAGUCUGCCUGAGCUGAAGGAGCUCCAGCUACCCGAGGGCCAGCUCCGAGACUGGGCGCUGGAGGAGCUUCGGGAGGCGGCGGAUGCUGGGCGAAAGGUCCGCGCUGUCGCGGUCCUGGCAACUGAAGCUGACCAUGCGGCAGAUGCCGUCGAGGUCCUGCGCUCGAUGGGCUUCAAACGUGUCGCGAAUCUUCGCACGAAGGCGUUUCUGCAACAGCUUCAGACACUUCCUGGGAGCGUCGAGUGA